AGAGCUCCCCCGAGCCGGAACCGAAAGAAGAUCAGGAGAGAAAAGCUCUGGGGUGAAGUCUGGGCUGCUGGUGGAGAAAGUGCUCUUCUUUUCUCCCUACCACAACCUUUAGAUCUCAGGAGCCAAAGUCAGCCAGCCAGCCAGCCAGCCAGCCAGCCAGCCAUGACUAUCAUCGUUCACCACCUCAACGACUCCCGCUCGCAGCGGGUGCUGUGGCUGCUCGAAGAGCUCGAGAUCCCCUACGAGAUCAAGAAGUACCAGCGUGAGCCCACCAUGCUGGCGCCCAAGGCUCUGAGGGAUGUGCAUGCACUGGGCAAGUCGCCCGUGAUCAGCGACACCGACAACGGCGACCGUGUCAUUGCCGAGAGUGGCGCCAUCGUCGAGUAUCUCAUCCGACGCUACGGCAGCCCAAAGGGCAAGGGCAGUCCCACGUCCGAGGAUGGCCAGAUCGACGACUCGUACUGGAGCCACUUUGCAGAGGGCACCCUGAUGCCGACGUUUGUCUUCAAGCGUAUCCUUACGGCCGUUCCUCAGCGAGUCAGCUUCCUCACCCGUCCUCUCGUCUCGCUCGUUACGUCACAAAUCCUCUCCGCCUUUGUUGACCCUGAGAACAACCGCAAGGUCGAGUUCAUCGGAAACGAGCUCAGCAAGAAGGCCGGAGGCUGGUUUGCCGGUGGCGACAAGGACGGUGGGCCCACUGCUGCCGACUACCAAAUGCUCUUUCCUCUCGAGGCCGCCUGCGGAGGCCGGGUCCCCAAUGUGCCCCAGUCCAUCAAGGAUUACGUCGCCAAGGUUCAUUCUCGGCCGGCAUACAAGCGGGCACUCGAGAAGGGCGGUCCUUACGCCUACGCCAAGCUGUAGUCUUUUCCCAUUCGUUUCAUCGUCGACUUCAUGACGAGUUUUCUCAGUGUCGUUGCCUGGGGAAUAGUACUUGAUUGAAAGGCAACGAGAAUCAUUUAGAAGAGGCCAAUUAAUGACAAGUACCCCUUUUUUUCUUAACUUUCUUUUCCCUCUCCUUCUUGGCCAUGGCCCUCGCCUUCUUUGUCGGGCCGUACGUGGUGUGGGACCGAAGCAAAUCGAGCAGAGGGAGCUGCCAGCGGCAAUCUCAGAACGUUAUUGG